AUGUCCAUGCUACUACGAGAUUCCAUGUGGCUAGGUUCUUUUGGUGACCACUUCAAGAGAACUCAGCUGGGGUCAGUGCUGCUUCUUGCGCUCUGGCCAACCUUAUGUGUGGGACUUGAUGUCUGGGACUACCGUGAUGAGCUGGUGCGGUCAAACGCAAACCUCGCAGAGAUCAAUGCAGACCUGGAGGAGAUGCAGGAGCACAACAUGAUCAUUCAGAGGGCGCUGCUGCAAGAGACUUCGGGCCGCCCGAUACACGCAAUAGCCCAUGGAGUGGCGCUACACGCAAAAGCCGAGAAGAGCGCUGAAGACAAGCUGCUGAAGGCGAUGAAGCUACUGGACAAAGAUUCCGAGGUCUCCAUGGACGGUCGAGGCACUCGGCAGUUGUCCGCAAAUUCCACCGCAAGUGGAAAGGCUUCAGAGCAGUCUGGCGUCACCUGCCAUGAUGGUCGGCCUUGCAGCGCCUUUGACAGGUUCAUUGAAACCUGCCUCCGACACAGAGGCUUUGUCAUUUCUGGCCUUGCGGCUCUCCUCAUGCUGCCGCUCUGCGGCAUGUUCAUCCAGCACCGCCGAUCCAAAGAUCGAGAUGAUUCCUUGCGUGGGGCAGAUGAUUUAGAUGAGGUCUGGUUUCGGAAGCCAGAGCCAGCAGCUUCACCUGGGGGAAUGUCACCCUGA